AUGCCUCCGUGCCUACUGCGUCACCUGCUUCUCCAAGAGUACGGCGAUCACGAAUCCAGUCACCAUGUCCAGUUUACUAGCUUAGAUGGACUGUGUUAUGGUAUGGUGAAGAGAUUUGGUGAUAUGCAGAUUUUUGGCCUGCGGAAAUGUGAGGAGGGGUGCAAGAUCCCUUCUUCCAGUUCAGAAAGCUGGGGCCCCGUUUUACCACCAAUUGGUCAAAUUGCGCGUGCAGUGAGCUUGGCUUUGACUCGCUCAAAUCUAGUAGCUCCUGGUGUUAUUGCCUUCAUAGUUGGAGAGUUUGCUCGGACACAGAGAACGUUGGCAGAAGCAGAAGGCCUCCCAACAAAAGACACUCUAUUUCUUCAUGCCCAAGAUGGACAUGUUUAUUUAACCUUAAUUUUGUUUUCACUUCUGGAGUGUAUUAUCUUGUUUAUCAGAGCAAUAUAUCUAGCAGUUUUGUUCUCACCAUGCAUAGCUAUGGCACCUUUUGCAAAGUCACUUGGCAUUCAGUUUAGGAAAAUAUGGCUUCGUGUUCUCCAUCUUACACUGGAAAAAGCAGGCCCGGCAUUUAUAAAAUGGGGUCAAUGGGCUGCUGCAAGACCAGAUCUCUUCCCAAGAGAUUUGUGUAGUGAACUUGCAAAACUUCACACUCAAGCUCCAGCACAUAGUUUUAACUUCACCCAGAAAAGUAUUGAGAAGGCAUUUGGUCGCAAGCUGCCUGAAAUAUUUGAGAAAUUUGAUAUGGAACCUGUGGCAUCAGGAAGCGUUGCUCAAGUUCAUCAAGCUAUACUCAAAUACAAAUACCCAGGUCAGCAGAUCAAGCCCAUGGUCGUUGCUGUCAAGGUUAGACAUCCAGGUGUUGGUGAAGCAAUUAGAAGGGAUUUUGUGAUUAUUAAUUGCAUAGCCAAAAUUUCGAGGUUCAUCCCUUAUUUGAAGUCUUUGAGAUUGGAUGAAAGCAUACAGCAAUUUGCCAUUUACAUGAUGUCACAAGUUGAUCUGUCAAGGGAAGCUGCACAUUUGAAUCGUUUUAUCUAUAAUUUUCGAAGAUGGAAGGACGUCUCAUUUCCAAGGCCUCUAUAUCCCCUGGUGCACCCGUCUGUUUUAGUGGAAACUUAUGAACAGGGCGAAAGUGUUAUGCACUAUGUUGAUGAGCUUGAAGGAAAUGAACCAAUAAAGAAUGCCCUUGCUCACAUUGGGACGCAUGCACUAUUAAAGAUGCUUCUGGUAGAUAAUUUUAUUCAUGCUGACAUGCAUCCUGGGAAUAUUCUUGUCAGAGUGUACCGUUGCAAGUCACCAAGUAAACAACUCUUUAGAUUGAGGCCUCAUGUUGUUUUCCUUGAUGUGGGCAUGACUGCUGAACUUUCUAAGAGAGAUCAAUUGAAUUUAGUGGAAUUCUUUAAGGCUGUAGCCCUUCGAGAUGGUCGAACUGUUGCAGAGUGCACCCUUAGAUUAUCUGGACAACAAGACUGUCCAAACCCAAGGGCUUUCAUUGAGGAAGUAGAAAGAUCUUUCAAAAUAUGGUACUCCCCAGACGGUGACAUCAUCCAUGCUGCUGAUUGCAUGCAUCAAUUGCUUGAGAAAGUUCAGCGGCAUAAAGUCCGAAUUGAUGGCAAUGUUUGCACAGUGAUGGUGACCACUUUGGUUCUUGAGGGGUGGCAACGGAAGCUUGAUCCAGGAUAUGAUGUGAUGCAAACUUUACAGACAUUGCUUUUUAAGGCUGACUGGGCAGAGUCCCUCUCUUACACCAUUGAAGGACUCAUGGCCCCAUAA